UUGCAUAGAAAGCCCCCCCUUUUUACUAGAAUCUAAACACCGUUUUAAAAAAGGUUGGAUAAUUUUGUAUAUGGGUUUGCUUGUGUGAUAUCUGUGGAAAAGCGGUUUCAGGCUAUUUUGUAGUGGACUAUUUCUACCCGUUGAUGAAUUAAAGGGAAAGUGACUGCCAUGACGACAGACGAGGCGGAGAGCGUUCAUAAGAAACAGGUGUGUGAGCAGCAGCAGGAAGAAGAGGACCCCACUGCACAGGAGCCAGGCCCCACUGAUACAGCUCAGGACAGUCCCUCCGGCACCUCGCCGCCCCCUGGGGGAUCGGAGGAGGAACAGCAGCUAAAGCCGCGGCAGCGCACCUCCGCUGGCCGUGGCCUCUCCCGCCUCUUCUCCUCCUUCCUGAAGCGCCGCUCGCAGUGCUCAGAGGGCGAGGGGGUAGAGACGGAGAGGGCCCGAGAGAAGGAUAGCCAGGAAGAACCCAAAGCUCCUAUAGCGGACCCUGAGCCAGAACUGCGCGUAGAGGGCGAUGUUGCUCUAGACCAGCACUCAAUCAGCAGUGCUGAAAACCAGCAAAUUGUAGCAGAUCAGAAAGAAGACGCCGAGCUGGAGUCAGGCAAGGGAGAAAAGGGGGAGAAGGGGGAGAAGAAGGAGAAGAAGGACAAGAAGGAGAAGAAAGAGAAGAAGGAGAAAGCAGAUAAGGAAAAGUCAGAAAAGAAGGAGAAGCCAGAGAAAAAAGAGAAAGUGGAGAAGAAAGAGAAGAAGGAGAAAAAAGACAAGAAGGAGAAGAAAAAUGAGGACAAGGUCAAAGGAGAGGAGGGAGAGAAAGACAAGGAGCGUGAGAAGGAAAAAGAGAAAGUAGAGGAAGAGCCAAAGCCGGAAGACGCAGGUGCGGCAGAAACAGAAGUAAAGGAGGAAGGAGAAAAAGAGGAAGAGAAAGAGGAAGAGAACGCAGUGGAGGGGGAGGAGGAGGAGGAGGAGGAGGGGAAGAAGCAGAAAGCAUCUCGCCGCCCCAGGAUCAUGCACUGCAAAGUCAAGUUGCUGGAUGACACCCUCUUCGAGUGUGAGCUGGAAAAACAUGCCAAAGGCCAGGAGCUGUUUGCAAAGGUGUGUGACCACUUGAACCUGUUAGAGAAGGACUAUUACGGUCUAGCCAUAUGGGAGACGCCAACCAUAAAGACAUGGCUGGACUUUACCAAGGAGAUCAGACGGCAAGUACAAGGCUCCAACUAUGAUUUCACAUUUAAUGUGAAGUUUUACCCACCUGAUCCUGCCCAGCUAUCAGAAGACAUCACAAGGUACUACUUGUGUUUGCAGCUGCGGAAGGACAUCAAGAACGGCCGUCUACCCUGCUCUUUCGUGACCCUGGCCCUGCUGGGCUCUUACGCCCUGCAGUCUGAGUUGGGCGAAUAUGACCCGGAGGUUCACGCCAGUGACUAUGCCAAGGAACUCCAGCUGAUCCCAGGACAGACCAGAGAGCUUGAGGAGAAAGUCAUGGAGCUUCACCGCACAUACAAAUCUAUGAGUCCUGCUCAGGCUGAUAUGAUGUUCCUGGAGAAUGCCAAAAAACUGGCCAUGUAUGGUCUUGAUCUCCACCAGGCAAAGGAUCUGGAUGGGGUGGAUAUAAUGUUGGGGGUUUGCUCCAGUGGCCUGAUGGUGUAUAAGGACAAGUUGAGGAUUAAUCGAUUCCCCUGGCCAAAAGUUCUCAAAGUCUCCUACAAACGCAGCAGUUUCUUCAUCAAGAUACGGCCAUCUGAUCUGGAACAUUAUGAAAGCGCCAUUGGCUUUAAACUGCCCAACUACAAGGCUGCCAAGAAACUGUGGAAAGUAUGUGUGGAGCAUCACACAUUCUUCAGGUUGACGUCCACAGAGGCGGCCACCACUCCCAGGAAGUUCCUGGCUCUGGGAUCAAAGUUCCGCUACAGCGGGCGUACUCAGGCUCAGACCCGUCAAGCCAGCUCCAUGAUUGACAGACCUGCCCCCCAUUUCCAGCGCUCUGCCAGUAAGAGGGCAUCCCGCAGCUUAGAUGGAGCCAUGGUUUCAACCCCAGAUAAGAACGCUCGUCCCGUCAGUGCUCCCAUCAUGUCUCCCAUCUCCCCGGGCGAUGUGGCUCCUUCCCCAGUGACAUCUGCUGCCCGCACUGACCGUAAAGAGACUUCCACACCCACGGGCCGUCUACGCUCCUCUGAGAGGAAGAGUGAGGUGAAGGCAGAAGCCCAUGUGACAGAUGGCUCUAAAACACACAGCACCAAAGCAGAGGGCACACCUGAAAUCAAGAAGGUAGCCCGGCGAGAACGGCGGCACCGUGAUGCCCCGGUGGUGACGGCCACCAAUGGGGAAAGAAAGAGCCAGUCGCCACGGGCGGACACAGAGAUGGUGCGCAUGAGGAAGAAAAGAGCUAAGAAAAUUGAGGGUGAAACUAUUUAUAUCAGACAUAGCAAUUUAAUGUUGGAGGAUGUGGAUAAGACACAGACAGAAAUCAUGCGUCAUCACACGAGUAUCAGCGAGCUCAAGCGAAGCUUCAUGGAGUCGGUGCCUGAGCCACGGCCCAGCGAGUGGGACAAGCGUCUGUCCACCCACUCGCCCUUCCGCACCGCCAGCAUCAAUGGCCAGCUGCAGCCCGACUCUCCUGUGGUGAAGACAAAAACGAUCACUAUUUCUGAUGUCACCAACUCCCUUCGCAGUGAAGUCACCACCAAGGACAUCCCGAUAGUGCACACAGAGACCAAGACCAUCACCUAUGAGUCUGCACAGCCUAAUGCGCUGUCAGAGAAGGAGUCUGGGAUGCUGUUGAGUGCUCAGACCAUCACCUCAGAGACUGUGAGCACCACCACCACAACCCAGAUCACUAAGACGGUGAAAGGCGGGAUCUCAGAGACCCGUAUCGAGAAGAGAAUCGUGAUCACUGGAGACACUGAGAUUGACCAUGAUAAGGCUCUUGCUCAGGCUAUAAAGGAAGCAAAGGAGCAGCACCCUGACAUGUCUGUCACUAAAGUGGUGGUGCAUCAGGAAACAGAGAUCACCCCUGAGUAACUCCUGUAUGAGACAUAGGGUGAAAAAAAACGGGACCAGUCAGGUUUAUGAAUGUGAAAAAAAACAACGCAAGAGCCCUCACAUCCAGCCCCUUCCCAUCAACCCACUAUGCCCACCAAGUUCCCCCCACGGAAAAAACACUUCCUGUAGCAGCACGUCCCACCCAGCCAUUGCCGUCUGUGACCGCCUCAUUCCAGACCCUAAACAUCUGUCAGAUCUCAAGCGUCUUGUACUGCAAAACUGAGCAUCUACUCCUGUCCAGCGUCCAAAAGCAGAAUUCAAAGCAAAGAUUCAUCCAAUUCCCAACGCCUUGGACAGACUUUUCCCAAAAAACCUGCCUGACCUCCACCUCGUUCAAGACAUUCCAUGAUGGACUGAACCAUGUUACAAAAUCGUUUUGUAAAACAGUGGCAAAAGAGCAUCUUUUUAUCUCUAAUUCAUAGAAUAUUUUUAGGGUGGAUUCCAAAGGGUUGGUUUACAUAACAACAACUGGGUGGUGGGAAUUUAGAAGACAAUUUUCUAAAGUGUCAAUUUGUAUUUUUUUUUUUUUUUACUUAAUUUAUUUCUUUUAACAAUUGGUUGACUAUACCUCUUAUUAUGUUGUUACAGGCAUUUUUUGUUGUUGUUGUUGUUGUUCAGACAGGGCAAAGGACCAUCUGUCAUAAUCUGAAACACUUGUUAAAGGGGAGGUUCACCCAAAAAUUCAAAUUUUCUUUCUUUCAUGGAACACAAAACAAGAACUUUAGCAAAAUAUUUAUGCUUCUCUUUUCCAUUAUUUUCCAAGAAAGUGAAAGACUUAAUAUUUAGGGAUAGUUCACCAAAUAAAUAAAUAAAUUAUCUGACAUUAUUUACUCAAUGUUGUUCCAAACUGGUAUGACUUUCUUUCUUCUGUGGAGCACAAAACAAUAUAUUUUUGAGAAUGUAUGUCUAUACAAUGCAAGUCAAUAGUCACCAGAACUGUUUGGUUACCAACAUUCUGCAAAAUAUAUUCUUUGAGGUGAUCCAUAGGAGAAAAAGUCACACAAGUUUGAGGUGACGUGGGUGAGUAAAUUAUGACAGAAAUUUAAUUUUGGGGUUGAACUAUGCCAUUAAGUUGUUUCCCCUCCUCUGUUGUUCUCUAAUUUCAUUUUCGUUCACACACAUUCAAAUAUGAAAGGGUUUAACAUCAAUAAUGUCAAACGCCAUUCAUUGUCAUGAGUCUCGCAACUGAACCCAACGCAUCAGUUUGAACAUGGAAAUAAGGUUUUUGAGUACUGUAGAGGCCAUAUCAUAUGAUCAUAUGUUUUUUAAUAUUCACAAUGUACAUAUGUAGUUUUGUAAAUUCCUCAAACAAAACUAUCAUAUGACUUCAUAGGACUUGGAUUAUAGUGCAUUAGGCACAUAGACUACUUUUUUGACACUUUUAUGGUUCUUAUUUUUUGGAACUAGAUAGUUCCAUUCCCUAUUCAUUUUUAUUGUAUGGAAGAGUGCAGCAUGAACAUUCUGCUAAACUGCUAAAUUUCACAGAAGAAAGAAAGUCAUACAGGUUUAGAAAAACAUGAUGACAGAAUUUUCAUUUUUGGGUAAACUUUUCUUAAUUCAGAACUCCAUCGUGUUGUAAAGUCCUAUAUUUUAUGUUCCUCUUAAAUGUGAAAGUAUUAUUUUGUUCUUGGUGUAAAAAUAAUGUGUUAAUUUCAUUCAGAAUGCUGGAGCAAUUUCAGAUGUUUUCUUGUGUUUUAAAGUUAUGUUACUUUGCAUAUUUGUUGAAGGCUUGUAUAAAUUUUCUUUUGUCUCAUUGGUAAUGUCAUCCUGUGUCAUCAUGGAUUGGGGGUCUGAUGAAGAUGGGGUAGGGUAUUGUAGUGAAACUACAUUCUAUUAUAUUUCUAUUUAUUUUCAUCAGUUUUGUUUUCUUGUUUGUGUGUGUACUUUGCAUUUUAGAUGCCCUGCUCUCUUAAAUGCAGCUUUGGCGUUUUUGUAUUAGAUCCAGAAUCCCAAACACCAGCUCCUGACAGUUUUUAAAUGGGAUUUGCAGGGAUAACUUUAUUCAUUUUCAGUAUAUUUCUACUUUUCUACUAGAGGGGGCAGUAUGUUCUUACCCAUGAGUCUAUAGCAGAUCUGCAAAGCCUUCAAAAUGAGCAUCCACACACAACCUGAAGUGGUUUUAGAUGAAUUGGAAUUGAUUAGCCAGGAAUGGAGUUAAUUUGCAAUUAUGGUAAUUAACUUAAUCUGAAAGUGAUCAGACAGAUCCUACAGCAAAUUAAAAUGUGUUUCCAUCAUUCAUUAAGACAUUAAACUGCUCUGAUUGACUUUAAAGGUCAAGACUGACAAUUCUGUUGCAGUAAUUCAAUUCUAAAAAAUCAAAGUGGGAAUUUUGUGGAUUUUAUAUUGUGCAUCAACACUGCCGGUGGCAUAAGGGCUCCUGUGGUAAAGCGUACUGCCCUGCGUCAAGCCGACAAGUCCAGUAUGUCCAGUUUUUAAAUGUCUAUUUUAAAAUGUUACGCUUUUAUAAUAGUUCAAAUAGUAUCCUGUACAGAGACCAAGGUGUUGUAGUUCGUUCGGUGUGUUGUUUUCUUCAUUGUGGCACUCCUUUCCUAUGCUCGUCUGGGGUGAAGAAAAGAAAAGAAUCAUACAUUUGUCCUCAGAGGUUCUUUUUUUUCUCAUCACAAACCUCUUUCUUUUUUGCCAUCACUGAAAAAAGACAAAUGUACAAUAUAGCACCAUGCACUGAAUAAAUUCCAACUUAGACACAUUC